AUGGCUGUUUUUCUUCUACUUGAUUGUGAAGACGACGAUUUAGAAGACGACAGUGUCGUCCGCGAUGCUUCCACGCGUAAACAGAUCUUCGUCGGUGGCAUUCCAGCAAGGACGAAUUGUAAGCAGUUGAGGGAUCACUUUUCACGCUACGGUACUGUGAAGAACUGCUUCGUUUCACCCCACAAACCAUUCGGCUCCGUUACAUUUGAAAGUGAGGAGUCGGCUCGCAAAGCCAUUUCCAAACCCAUACAAUUUGUCUGCGGAAAAAGGGUUGAGGUGAAAGAGUAUGCUGCCAAGAAGAAACACGGUGCCUCUAAGCCCCCAUCGGUGGAGCAGUCGACAAAUAGGUCGAGGACAAAGCCGCCUUCGUUACCUCCACUUGCACCUCCAGCUGCGUCGACCACAGUACCUGUAUCACCUACAGAUGAGCGACAAAGGGUAUUCAUUGGUGGCAUCUCACACAAAACGACGGUGGAUUCGUUGAGGGCAGCGUUAUCAACGCUGGGUCCAAUCAAGUCGAGCUACAGGCUUCGCCGUAGUAGCGUUCAAACAGCCCGAGACAGCUGA